CUUCCGGCGGGGAGAGGCGUCGUUGCGCGUGCGUGCCGGUGCGGUGCGGAGAGAGCGGCGGGAUGGCGCUGCCGGGUGGAAAUAAGGAUAAUAUCAGAGCUGGAUGCAAGAAGUGUGGCUAUCCUGGUCACCUGACAUUUGAAUGUCGAAACUUCCUCCGAGUAGAUCCUCAAAGAGAUAUUGUUCUAGAUGUUAGCAGCACUAGCAGUGAGGACAGCGAGGAAGAGGAACUACAGAGAUUACAAGCUAUGCGUGAAAAAAAGAAUUUAAAUGAAGAGGAAGAAAAAAAGAAACAAAAAAGAAAAAGCAAAGAGAAAACAAAAUUAAAAAGACCAAGGAAAAGAUCUUCCUCAUCAAGUUCUGCAGAAGAGGAUGAGCCGAAGUCAAAAAAACAAAAAUCACACAAAAAAGAAAAGGGGAAAAAGCAUAAAUCUAAGAAAGGAAAGCAUCAUAAAAAGGAGAAAAAGAAGAGAAGAAAGGAAAAAAGUUCCUCUUCUAACAGUUCAGACAGUUCGAGCAGUGACUGACACACUGGUCUAUUUUUGCAUUCGCUUCUGCAAAGAAGAUGAUUUUCCUUUCAUAGCAAGUUUAUUUAUGCUUCGCAGUGCUGUUGUAAAAUGGGAUAUAUAUAUUUUUUUGAGAAAUUUAUUUGCAUACAUCAGUGCUUCAAAUUAUUAGAUGACCAUUUAUGAAAAGAAUCUGCUCUUCUAUUUCAGGUUUAUUAGUACUAAACCAUGCAACUAGUUCUUCACUCUAAUUUUCAGUUCAGUUGUGAUUGUGUUUGUAAUCCUUUACAGUAGGAUGUGGUAAGUUUCAGCUUGCAAGCCUUUGUGUAGAAUGAUAUGGAUUUAAAUAUGCUUAAUAUCAGAAUGGUUACAUCAGAUUUGGAAAUUCAAGUGAGAUUUUCUAUUACACUUUAAAUAAAUAUAUGUUUUACACAA